AUGGGUGUCUGGCAAACUAUUUUAGAUGCAUGGAAUGGUGUAGAAAUAACACCAAAAGAAAAGGCUCCUCAAGCCCCUGUGAAAAAUUAUAACUUUCAAGAUAUGAAAGAGUUAGUUGCCAAGCAUGAUCCAAACGUGGUACUAGUGGAUGUCAGGGAACCAUCAGAAUAUUCUGUAGUGAAUAUCCCUGGUUCCAUCAAUGUCCCAUAUAGGAGUCAUCCUGAUGCAUUUGCCCUUGAUACAGAAGCUUUUGAAAAGACAUUUGGUGUACAAAAGCCUAAUGCAGAAAAAGAGUUAGUCUUUUUCUGUGCAAGUGGUAUGCGUGGUGCUAAAGCACAAAAUGUUGCAGCAAAUAAUGGUUACAAGAACUCUGCUGUAUAUCCAGGCUCCAUGAACGAUUGGGUGGGUCAGGGCGGUGAUAAGCUCAAAUUAUGA